AUGAGAUCGGGCAGGCGGGUGGAGUCCAAGAGCGACGAUCCUGAAGCGGCAGCGAGACGAGCACAUGAGCGCAUGCAGUUGUCUGUGGCCAGCCUCUCCGCCAAGCUGGAGCAGGCCUUCAAGGAGGUGCAACGACCUCAGAAAGUGGCGGAUAGGCCACCAAAACAUGGUCUGUCCUGGAGGAGAGAAAGCCACGAAUGGAGCGGACAUGCAGUGCGGACAUGGCUCAGCAGGUGCUGUGUGCUGUGGUGGGCUGGAGAGGCGCGAGGAAAACCUGGUGAUGCCAGUAGGAGGACUGACAGCUCUGCGGACGUUCAGCAGCACCCUCAGACGUCAUCUCUCAGCACCUGGUGCCCUUCCGCAGCGUGGAGGAAGCUCUAG